AUGCCUGCCUUAGACACUCGACAACAGCAACAGCUGCCCUCGCUAGUCGGGGCUCGCCACCCCGCAGUGGCACAAUCAACAAAUGCAGCAGUUCCUGUCGUCGCCUCUUCAUCCACAGAUACUCGAUUAAUAGACGAACAGCAGAAACCUCGCUUCUCUUUCACCUCCAUAGUCAGCCCUCAAGUCUCCUCCUACUUCAUCGCAGGUGGUGUCGCAGGCGCCGUAUCUCGCACAGUCGUCAGUCCGCUCGAGCGGUUAAAGAUCAUCCAGCAAGUCCAGCCGGAUACUCCGGACAAAGCAUACCGCGGUGUAUGGCGUAGCCUCGUGCGCAUGUGGCAAGAAGAGGGUUUCAAGGGUUUUAUGCGAGGAAAUGGUAUCAACUGCCUACGUAUCGUUCCGUAUAGCGCAGUCCAGUUCACCACCUACGAGCAACUAAAAAAGUGGUUUACGGCAUACGGUGCGAAAGAACUCGAUACCCCCACGCGAUUGCUUGCCGGAGCGUUAGCUGGCAUUACCUCUGUCUGUACUACCUACCCAUUAGACCUCGUCCGAUCUCGUCUUUCGAUAGCAACGGCUUCUUCCAUCGCUGCUGCUGCUGCUGCUUCGGCAACACCAACACCAACACCACCUCUACCGGUUGUUCCUCAAGCAUCUGCUACUCAAACGUCAAGUAGUGCAACUGUCGGCAGCCAACCCGUACGCGCGUAUGCAGCUGCUUCCGCCUACCACACCUCUUCCUCUUCGUCCUCCGCCGCCGCCACUGUCACCGCUACCUCCACCCUAGUAGCCCAUCGGAAACCUGCCCACCUAACAAUGCUCGGCAUGACCCGCAAAGUAAUGGCCGAAGAAGGCGGUUUCUUUGCCCUGUACAGAGGUCUCCCAGCAACAGCCUUCGGCGUCGCACCCUACGUCGGUAUCAACUUCGCUGCCUACGAAGCUCUACGUGGUAUCAUCACUCCUCCAGGGAAACCUGCUACGAUUCCAAGGAAAUUAGCGUGUGGAGCGCUUGCGGGGAGUAUAAGUCAGACGUUAACGUAUCCUAUGGAUGUACUUAGGAGGAAGAUGCAGGUGACGGGGAUGAAGACGCUUAGUAGUGGGGUGAGGCAUAGAGGUGCGGUUGAUGCACUGAGAUGGAUUUUGAGACAUGAGGGUGUGAGGGGGUUGUAUAAGGGGCUUUGGCCGAAUUUGUUGAAAGUUGCACCGAGUAUUGCGACUUCGUUCUUCACGUACGAAUUCGUCAAGGAACUCCUGCUCGCGUAGUUUUUUUCGUGACAAGAAGAAGAUCCUCGUCUAUCUCCCCCUUCUCUGACUCUCACCCGUCAUCCUGGAACUUUUGACGCACUCAUACCUCAUCCUUUCACGCUUGACCCGCAAGAUAUAAAUACAACAUAUAUAUAUUUCUCAUUGUAUAGAUAGAAGAACCGGAACCAGGUUCACAGCUGCACAACGACGACAGACAUCUCAUAGUAUCCAUCGUAGUUACUCUUUGCAUUUGUUACUCUUACAUUUAACUGUCUUCUUACCGGUUGCUUCUCUUUUGUUUCUACUAUCCUUUAAUGUUAUCGAGACGAGGCUAGAUUUGGUUUUAGGUGUUAGGUGUUU